GGUCCCUUAUCAAUGGUCAUAUGAUUUCAAAAUGGUGGCGCAUCGCAACAUAAUGCUUUGGCUCGCUGCUUUGGUAAUUUUGGGUUCCUGUGCAGCACAGACGCCUAUUGUGAUAUGGCACGGGAUGGGGGACAGUUGUUGUAACCCGCUGAGUAUGGGCAGUAUAAAGUCUCUCAUUCAGAAGAACAUCAAUGGCGUCUAUGUCAAGUCCUUGGAAAUAGGCAGCAAUGUUGCAGAAGACACAGAGAAUGGAUUCUUCAUGAACGUCAACAAGCAGAUUGACAUGGUCUGCCAGCAGUUGGCCAAUGACAAGAACCUGUCUAAUGGCUACAACGCUAUUGGAUUCUCCCAGGGGGGACAGUUCUUGAGGGCCAUCGCUCAGAAAUGUCCUACUCCCCCCAUGCUCAACCUGAUUUCAGUUGGAGGACAACACCAAGGUGUGUAUGGAUUCCCCAAGUGCCCAGGAGACAACGGCACCAUCUGUAACCUGGUCCGGAAGAUGCUCAACUAUGGAGUAUAUGUUUCGUUUGUGCAGGACAACCUGGUGCAAGCCGAGUACUGGCAGGACCCUCUCAAUGAAGAGGAGUACCGAGCCAAGAGUGUCUUCCUCGCCGACAUCAACCAGGAGCGACCGACCAAGAACAUGACGUACAAAGAGAACCUGCUGAAGCUGAAGAACAUGGUGCUGGUGAUGUUCCUGCAGGACACCAUGGUGCAGCCCAAGGAGAGUGAGUGGUUUGGAUUCUAUGAACCAGGACAGACUGAAAAGCUAUACAACAUGACACAAAGUGACCUCUACAAGAAUGACUACCUUGGUCUGAAGACGCUGUAUCAAAGUGGCCGCAUCACCUUCCUGUCAUCGGAUUCAGACCAUCUCCGGUUCACUGAUGAUUGGUUCAUCAACAACAUCAUCAAACGAUUCCUCGUCUAGGCUUUCCCUCCAUUCCUUUCUGAUACUCUAAGCCCUGAUUCUGCUAAAACUGUGUGUUAUUCUGCUUAGAUGUGUCACAGAUGAUUACAAAUAUUCCUGUCAUGUUGAUUAUAAAGAAGGAAAUGAGGAUUUUGAAGAAAUAAUUG